AAACCAGUAUAAAAUGCUCCAGUCUUCCCCAACUUCUCAGAUGGAAUUGGAAGACCCUCUGCUGCACCAAGCACUUUAGAAACAGUACGUCGCGGAGGGCGAUUUUAUUCUCUGACGAUGAAGUGUGCAACGCUAUCGCUCGCUGUUGCCCUCCUCGCAUUCUCGCGAGCAGCAGCUUCUCCAACACAGGGUAGCAGCAGCCCUGGGGAAUGCUGUAUGGGUGAGCUGUUGUCAGAGGCUGGGCUGUCAUCAGAGCUGGCUGCUAGCACGAAGGAACUGUUCAGAAAGAACGGCGUGGACCAGAGAGUGUUCCUCACCGACGACUACAAUGCAGUCGCCGGCCUGCUGAAGGAGCUCGGUAUCGACUCGCCACUGGACGUGUUCCAUAUCUACUCUGGCCUGCACCGCAAUGCUGAAGUGAAGACUUUAUGCUCACCAGGGCAGAUAUGCGAGUUGAAUUCCGCGUCCGAGUUCAUGUGCCAACAAAAUGAGGACAAGUCCACAAGAGAACCGAGCGGUCUGGAGACGGCCAUCAACGAAGUGCGUAAGCUGGAGCAACAGCUGAGCAAGGUGGAGGCAAAGAACGAUACUAUCACAACACCCUUCACACGCUGGGGUCGCAGUGAGUGUCCAUCGUCGUCCACACUGGUGUACUCUGGAUGGGUGGGUGGUGCGUACCACUCCGACCUUGGCAGCGGUGCCAAUCCUCAAUGCAUGCCGAAAACACCUACAUACGGACGCUAUUCGGAUUACCAGUGGGGUGGCAUAAUGUAUCCGGCAGUCUACAAGAUGCAGGGGCAGAACGAGCCAUGGCAUGCGGAGAACACCGACCGCUCUGCGACGUGCUCAGUGUGUGAGUCGCGAGGCCGCAGCACCAGCAUCAUGAUGCCGGGACGGAACACGUGCCCGGACGGCUGGACACGCGAGUACUACGGCUACCUGACGUCGGCCAACUUCAACAUUGACCACCGCUCGAUGUUCCUCUGCUUCGACGAUCAGAUAGAGGCCGGUGACGACAUAUCGUCCAGCUACGCCACGCACCACCUGUACGUGGCGGCAGUCGACUGCAGAAACUCGCCAAUGUGUCCGCCGUACUACAAUGCACGUGAACUCACAUGCGCCGUGUGUUCACGGUAAACGCAAUCCGGGAAGAGCACCCAGAACAGCAGGAAGUAACGACCGCUCGACCGCUUCCGCAACAAAUACACAUGGACCCGUUAUUCACUUUCUUGUUUCUUGUCACAAUUGGUCAGCAAAUAGGAUUGAGAACACAUUAUUCCUCCUUUCCCAAUUUAGGAUAGAAAGAAUCUUUACUUCACUCCUCGUUGAUCGUUGAAACUUCAAGGGGUGCACACCCAUUUACAUGCAGCGCUGUGACACCUGGAAUAUUACAAACCCAUCUUAUCUCAUUUGAAUCAUUUCAGCAAUGUCA